UUAUGUUAAUUUUUUAAAGCAAUAAGGACAAAUUAAAAUAAUGUGAAACCAAUGUUAAGUAAAAUUCGUAAAAAAUCCCGGUAAUAAUAGAAGAUAGAAAGCAACGAUCGCACCUCAUUUAUUUGUUUUUGAUAUCAAUUUUGGGAUAAUUUAGUGCUUGUUCCGAAACGUUAUAGUGAUUAUUUUUUUGUACAUAUUGCUUUAAUUAAAACUAAAACAGUUGUUAUCUUAGCAAUUAAUAGUAUUUGCUUAGAAAUGAUUAAUACAAUACAAAGCUACAAAAAAAGUGAAACCACAACUACACAUAAAGUUAAAAAAUAAAUUAAACUAGGUACCUAUUAAUAAUUAUAAAAAUAACAUUUAUGGAAAAAGUAUUGCCUCAACGUGUUUUAUUCAAACUGCGACAUUUAUCCGAACAAAACAAAUAUCAUUAAUUCUAAAAAAUAAACAUAAACAAUAGAACAACAGCAACAACUGAGUACCAGCAAUAACAUUGAAGUAUUGAACCACAGACGACACAUUUGAAGAUAAAAUGGUUCAAAAUCUUGCAUUAUCAAUAACAAACAUGAAUCACAGCAACAUGAGCAUAAAUAGCAGCAUAGGCUCAAUUGAUUCUCCAACUGCAGCUGUAGAAAGUGAUGUAAUUACAUUUCAGGAAAUUCCUUUGACUGCGCUCAGUAAAAAAUCAUUACGAAAGCUCUCUCAUUUAUUAAAUUCAAGAAAGGUCUUACGUUCAGAAGAGGGUUAUGAACGAGACUGGCGAGGGUUGGCGUCAUUGGCUAGACAAAAGUUUUUAUGCGAUGAAAAUACGAUAAGUGGAGAUGAUCCUAUGACAAAAGUAAUUCAACUAUGGUGCACUAACAACCCAAAAACAGCAACAUUUGCCUACUUGGAGCAAUUUCUUGGCAUUAUAGAUAGAUGGGAUGUUUCUGAUGAUAUAUAUGAAAAUUUAGUGGAAGAUACUAAAACAUAUCAAGCAAAGCUACAACAGUGUUUAGAUUUAAAUUCUGAUGAUAAUGUUGAUAUGAAUACAGAAAAAACUUAUGGCGAUUUUGGGCAUGGUUCUGAUUCAAAUAUUUUAACAACGUCUGACGUGAUACGUGCGCAGAAGGGAUUGCCGCCUCAAAUGUAUGAUGCUUUUGUACUUUAUGCUGAUGCAGAUUUAAAUUACGCUUCUGAAAUGCUAACAAAGUUAGAAGACAAUCCGGAGUAUAAUUUUAAGCUUUGCAUGAAGGAUCGUGAUUUAUUAGGCGGAGUUCAAUUUGAGCAUGUUGCACUAACUCAAUUGAUCGAAGAACGAUGCAAACAUUUGAUUGUUAUAUUAACAGAAGAAUUCCUAAAGAGUCCAGAAAAUAAGUUUUUAGUAAACUAUACGCAAGCCCUGCAAAUUCAACAUAAAACACGCAAAAUUGUACCAUUACUAUAUGAAGAAAGUGUUGAUAUUCCAAGAACUUUAAAAAUAUACACACUUUUGCGUUACAACUCGGGUACCUCGAGUUUAUUUAAUUUUUGGUCCAAGUUAGCAAAUUCCAUACAAAACGUUACUAUCACUACUGCUGAUAUUACAACAUUAUCAACGCCAUUUUAUAAAAAUGACACUAACAGGAAUUCAAAUACAAACAGACAGACAUCGAACACGUCAGAGUGCCAGUUAAUAAAUUUGCCAAGCCCACCUACCGAAAUUCCAAGCAUAAGCGUUAUACCCCCUGACGAUAAUGAAAAACCUUUGAAAGAAGAAAGAUCUAAACUUAAGCAUUUCACAAUGCGAGCUCACAGAAACAAUGUUCCACGUAAUGAUGGUGUCGUAUUACGUAAUGCCCACUCUACUGGACAAUUGCAUUCAUCAACGACUUCAAUAUGCAGUGAAACCAAAAAGAAGAAAAAAUGGUCCAGUAAAAUCCUGAAAAAGGUUUUUAGUCGUAGCAGUUCUAAGCUCCAAGAAGCCUAAAACUUGAUUUUAUAUAUAUUUUUUUAAUUUAACUAAAUCUUAUGUUUACGAUUUACUAAAGUUUUAAGAAGUUAUUUGUUUUAUUUUGUUGGUGGUUAUAUUUUCCCAAAUCUUAUUUUAUUAUAUCUAUCUAUCUAUCUUUAUUAAUUUGAAUGUUAAUUAUUGAAUAAACAUAUUUUCUAUUUGUUAUACUUAAUAAAA